AAUCGUGUUACCGGGUGUGUUGCGCGUUUGUCGUUUGCUCUUUCCUAAAGUAUUUAAUCGUUUAUCGGUCAUUUUAUCGCAAUCAUGACGCUACCAGAGGCGCUCCUGAAGCGCCUUGCCAAACGUGGCAUCAUUCCAGAAGGUGGCAGCAAGCAAAAUACUGCUGGAACGAAUGAAAACCACCCACCCAAAGGAUCAUCCACCAUGGAAGUUGAUUCUGACCGUGACCGCGAGAAAGAUUCAGACAACUCGUCCGAACGAAGCUCGGACGACGACAAUGAUGACGAUAAUGACGACGUAGAUGAGGAUCGUCGUGAGACGGAGGCUGUGAACGAGGAAAUUAUCGCCGAAGAUUACGACGAGUACGAUCAGGUCAAUCCGGAUUCGUUCGAGUAUGCGUCCAAAAAGAAAAGCUCGGCUGCGGUAGGUUGGACGGAAAAGAUUAAGCAGAAAAUGACCAAACGGUACGGCUACCAAUCGGUGGAAGGUUGCCAGAACAAGUACAAUAUAUAUCAUCUCUGUACAAUGUACUGUGUAAAGCGGUUUGGCGAGGUAGAGUUCGAGAUCGAAAAGGAGUAUGAGAAACGCGUCAAACGGUUGCUAGAACGCUACCCGUUGCCGAAGAACUGGCGCAAAGAGUACGAUAUUGGAUGCAAAUCUUAUUAUUUCUACAAUAAGGACACGCGUGUGGUAUCCUGGUUGCCACCGACCCAUCCGGAUGCAAAGCUUACCAAAAGCGCCAAAUUAUUGCGCCGCGAGUUGAUGGAAGAGCAAAAGCAAAAAGAAGCCGCAAGUGAGGCAGCUCCACCAACGGUCAUUGUGGAAAGCUACCCACCGACAGCAAUUUCUGCUACGAAACCGUUAAUAGGACCGGCAAACACAGCAUCCCAAGUGGUUCCACCAGUGGCAGGACCGGGUUUGGAAAAUCUUAAACCACCCGUUGUAAAUCCUCCGAAACGUCCGCUUAAACAAUCGGGCGGCAGAGAUGAUGAAAAGCGAUCACGCACAUUCUCGUCUGGAAAUGAAACUGGAACCGUUGGCGAUGCAACAAUCUCCGAGCCCGAGCGAGAGCGUGACUAUCGGGACCGUAACCGGGACAGACGUGAUCGUGGUGGUGAUCGAAGAGAUCGUGACCGUAGUCCAGCAAGAGGUGAAGACAAUCGGUUUGGAUCACGCGAUCGGAACCGCGAUCGUGAUCGGGACCGUGAGUAUCAUCAUCGUGAUCGUCGUCCACCGCGUGGGCCACCAAAAUCUGCCCCACUCGAUCCAAUGGAUCCGGCUGCAUAUUCCGACAUACCGCGCGGCACUUGGUCAGCGGGGCUGGAAACGGCUUCAUCCACUGCCGGCACAAAGAAGGAAAAGGACGAUCGUAAAAACAAACAAAUGAAGCAGGACGAUGACGAUGAAGCCGAUGGUGAUGAGGAGGGUGCGCAUGAGGUGCUUAAAAUUUCGGCCGUUAAAGAAUUUCACCAGGAAGACGAUGACGACGAAGAGAUGGAGUAAAACAAUUAGUUUUCUUCCCAACGAUUUGCACUAUCCAUUUAUUGUAACGAUACAUCCGGGUGUGAAGGAGCUGUGUAAGCUUUCUGUUUCUGGUAUCCGGUUCGAGGCAAGAUUUGUUUGAAAUCUAUCUAUUGGCGGGGCGGGGGGGAUCCUUAAAAGCAGUAUCAUCUCUUUACUAUUCCCUUUUGCACCCUUUGGAUGCGUGUGGUGAUUUGCACUUUUUUGUUUGCUGUAGUUUCAUAAUACAUCUAUAACCUACGCAUAAGUUUCAUCCACCCUGCACUGCAUUAAUUAUGUGAAAUCUGUUCGCGUCUUCCACUUUUCCAUCCGCGUCGUGAAACGGAUUUGCCAUUUAAACUAAAUAGGAGACGUAGAUCAAUCUGUUGCUGAUCAAUGUUUGUUUGCGCAACGAUUGCUAUUCACAGAACCAUUUAAUUUCGACUCCAAUUUUAUUGGUUUUGUAACUACAUGAAUCGUUCAUGUAAAGAUUUAAACCUAAAAAAAAAAUAAAACUGCACAAACCAGUAGAGCAUUUGCACAUCUUUAUGGCGAUUUGUUCCCUAUGUUUACUUUUCCUAGCAACGUACUUUUGCUUGCGCCAAUGCAACGCAGUUCUAGCGCAGCACAUCCUGUAACCUUAUUACCAAAAGCAUUUGCGCGCUGUAACAAGAAUAAUACAGUAAUAGAAGACGUUAAACGCGGCUGAACGCCAAAUCCUAACGCCGACGACAGUGGUGUAAAAAUAAAAUCAACAAGUGUACCAAAUUACAUGCUAGAGCGGGAUUCGUUGCACAAGUUAUUGCAAUCUUAAGUCGCGGGGCAAACAGCACGCACUCGGCAAAUUGCUCUUUCCAGCCGAGCAACUGUUAUGCCGCGUUGAAACAAUUUGUUCACGCCCAAUAGUCCCGACGCUUAGAAAUGUUUAAUGGUGUGACUUCCGGCCAACAGGAGUAAGUCCUGAUUGGCUUUGCUAGGAUCCGCUAGUUACAAUCUGGAACACAAUCUGUUCCAAACUGUUACAUACCGUUUCGUCGUAUUGCUUUGACCCCGAAUCAAUUGAAGAACAACAAAAAAGAAAACAUCGAAUAAAAACGAAAAAUAUAAUCCUACAAAAUAUACUCUUACCAUAUGUGACGCUCAAUCCUACCUAGCUUGUGCGAUACGCCUUAUUUUAUACCUUUUCCUACCUAUGAGCAGUAAUGACAAACAAACAAAAAAUGAAUUGCAAAUCCUAAACACUAACUCCCCGACAGCGGGAAGCGAACCUUACACACUAAGCGAGAUUGUUUGUAUUGUUUUUUUUUGUUUGUGUAACAACGACCGAAUCGUUCAAGCACCACCGAACGGUAGUGCCUGCCGUAAGGAAAAGAAAACAAUGAGCACACCGCAGACACUCACAGCUGGUCAAAGUAAAACAGGACACUACCACUAAAGAAAAAAAGAAGGUUAAAACUUUAAAAAACGAUUACAUCUGGAAGGCCACACUGUGAUGAUAGUAAACCUAAAACGAGCAGGGAAGUUGCUUUUCCUCUAAUAAGUAUAAAACUAAAUCUAAUCUGAUGGUGGAAAUGACGCCACGGCCACCACAUGUUUUACAGGAAGCACUACGGUACAAAACUAGCUUUGCGCUAGAUGUAUCUCAUUGAAUGAGCAAAUCGAAAAAUUAUCCUAUUGCUAUGUAACAAAAG